CAGAGCUGCCAUAUAAUCUCACUUGAACAAGAGUUAUUCAAGAAAUGGGCAAUCGCAUUUCCAUCAUUCACUCGCUGCAGCAGCUCGCAGAGCGCUUCCGCCACCGACGCGCUGCAGGCCGUGCCGCUGCCGCUGCUGCCGCUGCUCCUGCCACUGCCCCUGGUGCUCCCGAGGACACUAUUGACACGACCAUUCCAGGCUGGCAGGAGCGCGCGGUUGCGGCGGCAGCGACCGAGACCGCGGAAGCCGCGCUGUCCGCCGCCGGGCCCGCGCCGCUGGACAAAUACCUGUGGCUGCGCCAGCUGCGCGCCGCCGCCCCCCGGGUGUACUACGGCCUGCUGGUCAACGGACCGGAGGCCGUACUGCCGUACAUCUACACGCCCACAGUGGGCCAGGCCUGCCAGGAGUACCACACCCUGGGCAUUGCCACGCGCGGCCUGUACCUGCGCAUCGACCAGGACAAGGGCAGGGUGCUUGAGCGCCUCCGGGCCUGGCCGCAGCCGCAGGUCCGAGUGGUGGUGGUCACGGACGGCGAGCGCAUCCUGGGGCUGGGCGACCUGGGCGCGAACGGCAUGGGCAUCAGCGAGGGCAAGAUCGAGCUGUACACGGCCGCCGCGGGCGUGGACCCCGCCGUGUGCCUGCCGGUGUGCCUGGACGUGGGCAUCAACAACACCCAGCUGCGCGAGCACCCUGACUACAAGGGCGUGCGGUCGGCGCGGCCGCCGCAGGAGGAGUACGACGAGUUUGUGCAGGAGUUCAUGGAGGCUGUCAAGGCCUGGCAGCCGCACACACUGAUCCAAUUUGAGGACUUUGGCAACACCAACGCCUUCAGGCUGCUGCGGCGGUACGGCGGCAGCGCCUGCUGCUUCAACGACGACAUCCAGGGCACUGCCGCCAUCACUCUGGCGGCGCUGCUGGCGGCACUGCGUGUGACGGGCCAGCGCCUGGCGGACCAGCGCAUCCUGUUCAUGGGCGCGGGCGAGGCGAGCACGGGUAUUGCCCAGCUGUUGGCGCGCAGCAUGCACAUCCGCGACGGCCUGGAGGAGCAGGCCGCCCGCCAGCGCUGCCACCUGAUGGACAGCAAGGGCCUGGUGCUCGCCAGCCGCACCGACCUGCAGCCCCACAAGCGGCCCUUCGCGCACAGCGACGUGCCGCCGUGCGCCACACUGAUCGAGGCGGUGCGCGCCAUCAAGCCCACCGUGCUCAUCGGCGCCAGCGCGGUGCCCAACUCCUUCACCCAGGAGGUGGUGGCGGCGAUGGCGGAGCUGAACGACCGCACCAUCAUCUUCCCGCUCUCCAACCCCACCUCCCUGGCCGAGUGCACCUUUGAGCAGGCCUGGAAGUGGACCCAGGGCCGCGUGCUGUUCGCCAGCGGCUCGCCGUUCGACCCCAUCACAGACGCCCAGGGCGCGGUGCACCACCCGCCCCAGGCCAACAACGCCUACAUCUUCCCGGCCGUGGGCUACGCCGCCGUGCUCACCAAGUCCAAAUGCAUCCCGGAGGAGGUGUUCCUGGUGGCGGCUGAGCGGCUGUCCGUCAUGGCCACGGCCGAGGAGCUGCAGGUGGGGGCGCUGUUCCCGCCCUUUGCCCGCAUCCGCGACAUCAGCGCCCACGUCAUGGCGGCGGCCGCCGCACACCUGGUGGGCGCGGGGCUGGGCGCCGUGCCGGAGGGCUGGCCCGCACUCGCUGCUGCCGCCGCCGCCGACCCUGGUACAGUCGCUGCGCCUGCCGCGAAUGCUACAGCCGCCGACGCCGCCAGUGGCGGCGCUAGCAAUGGUGCUGGUGCUACAGCCAUGACGACAGCGGACGUGGAUGGCUGCGUCAGCGGUGGCGCGCGGGCGGCGGCGGCGGCUGCCGGCUGGUCGCGCCUGGCUCGCGGCGCGAUGUGGCACCUGCCGCCGCCACCCCCCGAGUCGGUGCACAGCAGCAGCCUGCCGCCGUCGCACGCCAGCAGCAGCGUGGGCGGCGCCGCUGGUGCAGUCAGCGCAGGGCCGGCGGCGUCGCAGCAGGCGGGAAAGGUUGCUGGGCGGCAGGGGCAUCAGGGGCAGCAGGGGCGGCAGGGGCGGCAGGGGCAGCAGCAAGCGGAGGGUGCGGCGGACAAGGGCAGGGGUAUGGGUGGCGGCAAGGGAGGCGUGGCCGGUGGCGUGGCGGGCGGCGUGGUGGUUGGCAGUGGCGGUGGCGGCGGCGGCGGCAACACGAGUGGCGGCGGCGCGUCGGACGCCGCUGCCACCACAGGCACGGAGUCCUCGGUCGGCAGCGUGACAGAGGCGGUAGCGGCGGCAGCAGCAGGAGCCGGUGGCGGAGCCGGGGUCGGGGCCGCGCAGUAAUGAGUUGGGAGCGAGCAAAGUGGGCCGCAGGGAGUUUGACGUUUGUGCAGGUUGUCCUACUGUGCCUGCUGUGCUUGUGCUUGACAGCGGACGCGGCUGGGCACAUGGCGGGCGGUGCCUGUACAAAUCGACCCCGGCUAUGUCCGGGUAGUUUGAAACCUUCGGCCUCAGACGACAUGCACCAAGCAGCGUGGCGUGGGCGCAGGCCACUUUUCUCUUGGGAGUCCCCUGCCUUUCAUUG